AUGAUCUGCACCAGCAGCCUGCUCUCGUCCCAGAUUGUUCUCCCUGCCGCGCUUGCAUCGGAAUACUCGUUGACUACUAGUACCUCUCUGCCAUUUCCGACAUCAACGCUCUCAUCUGAAGAUGCUCAGUCUUUCUUAGUCUCCUCGUGGUCCCUCAGCAAGGGCCGUGUGCAGGACGGCGCUGAGGACCUCUCUUUUGUUUCUGAUCCGUAUGCAAAUGGUUCAAGUUCAAGCACGACUACAGCGGUCUCUGCGGCCUCUAGCACCCCAGUUCUCCAAGUCACCUACCCUGCAGGCAGCUAUUCACACGACACUGGCGGCGCACAGCUCUACGCACUCUGGAAUGCUUCAGCCAGCGCCCAGUUUCAGUCGAUGCUUGUGACAUACGAGAUUGCAUUUGAAUCUGACUUUGACUGGGUCAAGGGUGGAAAAUUACCUGGUCUCAGAGGAGGGCCCGACCCCGACGGAUGCUCUGGUGGCUCACCCGCAAAUGGGUCUAACUGCUUCAGCACCAGGCCAAUGUGGAGAAAACAAGGAGAAGGCGAAGUAUACGCGUACUUCCUUGAACCUCAAAACUUGUGUACCAACUCGAACUUCCGCUGUAACUCGGAGGACUAUGGGACAAGCAUAGACCGUGGUUCCUUCACUUUCCAGGCUGGACAAUGGAGCCAAAUUACAAUGCUCGUACGCCUAAACGACCCUCCGGAAGCCGCCAAUGGGCAAGUCGCACUCUACUAUAACAACGUAAAGGCUGUCGAUCAGCGAAACCUGCAAUAUCGUAGUAAUCCUGACGUUAACAUUGGUGGCCUCUACUUCUCUAACACCUCAUGGGCUACACCGGAAACCGUGCACACAUACUUCCGUAAUUUCCAGAUCUGGGCCAGCACCGCUCCCUCAAACAUCACGGCAGCAACGGCCCAGAGCCCUAGUUUGGGCCGGGCUUUUGGCGGUUCGGCCGGGCUUCAAAGUCGAGCCGCUCCCGAGGCCGGGUCGGGGCUCGGCUCGGGCUGA